AUGCCACCUGUCAGUGUCCAUCAGUGCCAGCUGUCAGUGCUCAUCUAUGCCACCUGCCAGUGCCCAUCAGUGCCACAUCAAUGCCACAUAUCAGUGCAUACCAGUGCACAUCAAUGCCACAUAUCAGUGCCCAUCUGAGCUGCCUUUCAGUGUCACCCAUCAGUGCCAGUCAGUGCCACCUAUCAAUGCCAGUCAGUGCCACCUAUCAGUGCCUACCAUCAGUGACACCUAUCAAUGGCAGUCAGUGCCACCUAUCAGUGCUGCCAAUCAGUGCCACCUAUCAGUGCCAGUCAGUGCCGCCUAUCAGUGCCAAUCAGUGCCUGCCUAUCAG